GAAAAUGAGGCCCAAAGAAGUUAUGCCACUUGGUUAAGGUUCCAAAGCAGGUCAGAACCAGAUCUAGGAUCAGAAACCUGGCUCCUGGCUCUCUAUUCUUCUAAGGAUCGCUUUCCUGACAAAAGAGGUAAGGGACUCCACUGCAUGAGUUGAAGAAGGAUAAGGCUGGCACUGCUUUGCUUCUUUCUUUACUGAAGUUUCUUCCUCCCUGAUCAAGCUUCAGCGUAUCUCCUUACAGCAUAUGAUACACAGCUAACCCAAGUGUGGCUAGAACACCAAUUCAUCAGUCUGUCAAAUGUUCUGCUGCCGACGUCCGUUCCUAUGCGUCCCUGACUGUGAACCACUCCUUAAGGCAGCAAGAGGCGGCGCGAGAACAGGGCUCGGAAGGAGCGGCUCUGCCUGGCCCACCUGGCACCUGCCUCCCAGGACACCCAGGACCUCGGGAGUAGAAAGAAUUUGGCACUUUCUUUUAAUUUCUCUUUCCUAAAAUGGAGUCAAGUAAAAAGAUGGACUCCCCCGGCCCACUGCAGACUAACCCACCGCUAAAGCUGCAUCCUGACCGCAGCACUGGGACAUCCGUUUUCGUCCCUGAACAAGGAGGCUACAAGGAGAAGUUUGUGAAGGCUGUGGAGGACAAGUACAAGUGUGAGAAGUGCCGCCUGGUACUGUGCAACCCGAAGCAGACGGAGUGUGGACACCGCUUCUGCGAGACCUGCAUGGCUGCCUUGCUGAGCUCCUCAAGUCCAAAAUGUACAGCGUGUCAAGAAAGCAUCAUUAAAGAUAAGGUGUUUAAGGAUAAUUGCUGCAAGAGAGAGAUUCUGGCUCUUCAGAUCUAUUGUCGGAAUGAAAGCAGAGGCUGUGCAGAACAGUUAACUCUGGGGCAUCUGUUGGUGCACUUAAAAAAUGAUUGCCAGUUUGAGGAACUUUCGUGUGUGCGUGCUGACUGCAAAGAAAAAGUCUUGAGAAAAGACCUGCGUGAUCACGUGGAAAAGGCGUGUAAAUACCGGGAGGCCACGUGCAGCCACUGCAAAAGUCAAGUCCCCAUGAUCACACUGCAGAAACACGAAGACACCGAGUGUCCCUGCGUGGUGGUGUCCUGCCCUCACAAGUGCAGCGUCCAGACUCUGCUGAGGAGCGAGUUGAGUGCACACUUGUCAGAGUGUGUCAAUGCCCCCAGCACCUGUAGUUUUAAGCGCUAUGGCUGCGUUUUUCAGGGCACAAACCAGCAGAUCAAGGCCCACGAGGCCAGCUCUGCAGUGCAGCAUGUCAACCUGCUGAAGGAGUGGAGCAGCUCCCUGGAGAAGAAGGUUUCCUUGCUGCAGAAUGAAAGUGUAGAGAAAAACAAGAGCAUACAGAGUUUGCACAAUCAGAUAUGUAGCUUUGAAAUUGAAAUUGAGAGACAAAAGGAAAUGCUUCGAAAUAACGAAUCCAAAAUACUUCAUUUACAGCGAGUAAUAGACAGCCAAGCAGAGAAACUGAAAGAGCUCGACAAAGAGAUCCGUCCCUUCCGGCAGAACUGGGAGGAAGCGGACAGCAUGAAGAGCAGCGUGGAAUCCCUCCAGAACCGCGUGACUGAGCUGGAAAGCGUGGACAAGAGCGCUGGACAGGUGGCUCGGAACACAGGCUUGCUGGAGUCCCAGCUGAGCCGGCAUGACCAGAUGUUGAGUGUCCACGACAUCCGUCUGGCCGACAUGGACCUGCGGUUCCAGGUCCUUGAGACCGCCAGCUACAAUGGCGUGCUGAUUUGGAAGAUCCGAGAUUACAAGCGGCGGAAGCAGGAGGCCGUCAUGGGGAAGACCCUGUCCCUUUACAGCCAGCCGUUCUACACAGGCUACUUUGGCUAUAAGAUGUGCGCCAGGGUCUACCUGAACGGGGAUGGGAUGGGGAAGGGGACGCACUUGUCGCUGUUUUUUGUCAUUAUGCGUGGAGAGUAUGAUGCUUUGCUUCCAUGGCCAUUUAAGCAGAAAGUGACGCUCAUGUUGAUGGAUCAGGGGUCCUCGCGGCGUCAUUUGGGAGAUGCAUUCAAGCCCGACCCCAACAGCAGCAGUUUUAAGAAGCCCACCGGAGAGAUGAACAUCGCCUCUGGCUGCCCAGUCUUUGUGGCCCAAACUGUUCUAGAAAACGGGACAUAUAUUAAAGAUGAUACAAUUUUUAUUAAAGUCAUAGUGGAUACUUCGGAUCUGCCCGAUCCCUGACGAGUACCUGGGAGGAGGAUUUAGCAGAAGGUAACUCCUCUGGGGGGUUUGAACCAGUCUGUCUUCACUGAGGUCCUCAAGCUCAGAAAAGGACCUUGUGGAACGGAGGAAGCGGCAGAAGGUGAACGCACGGCCGGCGGGAGGAGCACACGUGAACACACACCUGACAUGUUUUCUAUAGACUAGCAACACUUCACUCUGAAGAAUUAUUUAUCCUUCAACGAGAUAAAUAUUGCUGUCAGAGAAGGUUUUCAUUUUCAUUUUUAAAGAUCUAGUUAACUAAGGUGGAAAACAUAUAUGCUAAACAAAAGAAACAUGAUUUUUCUUCCUUAAACUUGAACACCAGAACAAGAAAACACACACACACGUGGGGAUGGCUGGACGUGUCAGCAUGUUUAGUAAAAGAAGAAUUUAUGAAAUAGUAACGCAAUUCUGAUAUAUUCAUUCUAAAAUUCAAGAGUGCAACCUUGUUUCAAAUAUAGUAUAUUGUCUAUUUUUAAGGCCUCAUCUGGUCUCUGUUUUAAUAAUUUGUUUGUCAGAAGACCCUGAAGUACACCUAGGUCUUUUUUGAAAGUCUCUAAAUUCAGAAUCAUUUUUUAAUUUAAAGUUCUACAAAUAAUUGUUACUGCAAACAUUUUAUUUUAAAACGUUGAUAGACUGAUAUUUCUUGGAAGAAAAUGUAAAAUAUCAAACACUGGUUAUCACUUGUGAUAGGAAAGAGAAUAUUCAAUCUGUUGUUAUUUCUCGUUAGAAAUGUAAACCUUCAAUAUCUGUCGUAGUUAAUGACACUACUUCAAAAUUAUUAUGAAAGGAACAUUGCUCAUGGAUGCUGUGCAUCAUUUUCAGAUUUAUAAUUGUUUUCACCCUAAAAUAGGGCAUUAGUUGAACUUUGGAGUUCUGAACAAAAUCCUGUAGUUUUUAAAAUUCUGCCCCAUGUGUUCAGACAAGCCCUCUGUGGCUGAGAGCACCGGCCUUGGUCUCUGUGUCCAGUGUCCAGGGGUGGGCAGGGGUCUGUGCUGAGGGCCCGGCAGGUGUGUCUCUUCAUUCUGUCAUCUUGCUGCGUUUUGUUAAUGACCUCCGAAAGCAACAUCUUUGCGUAGAGAUGGUGGCAUACGGUACAUGUGCCUUAGAUGUGACAUGCUGCUUCUCGACCCUGGGUUUGCGUUCAGCAAAAUUCUAGAAAGUGCUAGUUUAACCAGACUUUUCUCUCCACCACUAGAUCCUUGUCUCUACAAGGCCCUCAGACAACUCCGUACCCGCUGAGGGAAGCCAGGCUCCACCGUUGGCUUCUGGAGCCUCCACUUAAUUACUGCAGAUUCCAAAUCUCUAGGCCCCAAAAGUGAGCUGCCUGGUCCAAGUACGGCUUGGUCCCACCCCGAGGGAGGCAGGUGUGGGGCAGAAGCUGAGCCUCUCCAUGCCCCCCCUGCCCCGGGCCGUGCGGGCCCACACAGCUCGAAGCAGAACCCUCUGAGCACUCGAGACCGCUGCUCUGGGAGCCUGCCCCGGCUGAUUGACGGGCAUUCCUAAACCACCACCCUGGCAGGAGGGGUGGCCACAGGGCCUGUUGUCCCAGCCUGUGCCUGCCCGGACGGCAUUCUCUCAACUCACUGUUUACUGUCUCUCAAAGGUCCAACUGUGAUGAGAAGCCUGGAGCCCUGCCCUGUGCCCCUUUUGCUAUGCACCACGCUUCAUGGUGCUCUUACCACUGAUGGGUGCUACACGUGACGGGUGCUUCUUAGGCAAAACCAAUGUGUGCGAACCACACCUGUGCCACUUGUCCAACAGCCGCGCCCACGAUUGGCCAGCUGGGCCGCGCACUUCAGACUGCCUGCCUCUGGGCUCUCCCCAUGGCCGCGCGGGGACAGCUUGGCUGGUGCCUGGUGGCCCACCUUGUCUCUGGUGCUGCCGUCUGUCCUGGGUGUGCCUUCGCCCCAGUGCCUGCUGGAAGUGCCCUCCUGUCACACACCCAUCCCCGUGCUUCCACGAGGGACCUCACUGGUUCCGUGCGCCUGCCAUGCCCUUUUGUGGUUAAAAUGCUUGGUCGUUCUUCAUCUGCCUUUCCUUUCUCCACUCUCCUGGGAUUGCUUUGGGAGCAAAUUGGUGUCACUGGUUUUGUCCCCAUAAAGGAGUCAUGUGUCCCUGCUCAUAAAGGAAGGACUUCCUGCAGAAGCUCAGAAAACACUCUUCCCUCAAAGGUGUCACCAACCUUCUCCAGACCUGUCCCCCGGGUCUACCCUGGAGGCCUGAAGGAGGGGGGACCUCCGGGCAGUCCCUACCUGGCCUCAGGUGGCUUUCCUGAGGCCAGGGAUUAACAACAGGGACACCCUGCAACUUCCUUUCCCGUCACUAAAAGUGUGUACAAUAUUCAAACAAAUUUUAGGGUAAGCAACAUCUUGGUCUGGUAAAAAAAAUUUUCCCCCUCUCUGGAUUUAAGUCCUGGUCUGGGUGUGGGCCACCCAGACGCACUCUGGGAAGCAUCCCUCACUUGGUGGUGGGACAUUCCUAGUAGCUCUUCCUAGACAUGUUCUUGAUGGGGUGCAGCGGGGCUCCACGGCCUCCCACCUGAGGGGCCCACAGGAUGUAACUUGAGUAACCGGCACUGUCCUCUAGGGUGAGGCUUGGCCUGUGUCAUAGCUUCAUCUUGAUGUGAUUUGAUUAUCUUGGGGGGGGGGGGCACGUACCUUCUGGUCUCUGUUCUGGGUACAUCUCUCGGGUACUCGGGACGUGUGGGAAGGUGGCUUGGACCAUGAUUCAAGCUGUCCUGGCUGUGGAUGUGCCUGUGUCGCUCCAUCCUAGGACUCCUCGGUGCCCUUGCCCGGUGCCUGCCGCCUGGGCCGCCCAGGCUGUGGUCUCCUCGUGGCUGAGGCCCAGCUGCCCGGCAGGCCAGGGGCCGGGCAGCCAGCGUGCAGGGUGGGCACGUGCUCUGUGGGUCUCGGUGUAUGCUUCCCUUUUACCAAAACUAACAAUUCCCAGCAGGACAGGACUGUUCAAUACUUUAAAGAAACCAACACUGAGUCCUUUAUGCAUGAAUUAAGCCAGUCUGUUACCCUGUCACCUUCCUAACGGAAAUGAGAACAACUUCCUGUUUCUACUUGCCUCAAGCAGUUUCUCUUGAACCCUGUGGCUCCGGCCUCUCCCUGCUCUGGGUGUGCGUGGGGAUGCUGGGGUGGAGGCGGCCACCGGCGGCUGCAGUGGUCUGGGCCAGGCACACGGGACGGGCACAGCUCUCCCUGCGGCCACGCCAAGCCACGCACAGGCUGCAGCGGGCCCAUGAUGGGGCUCAGAAGCCUGACCCUCUGGUCCUAGGGCUUGUGCCAGUGGAGCCUGAGUGGCUGGGCUGUGGCCAGCUGUGAGUGGGGGCUUCACAGCGAGGCUGAGGGGGCCGGGGGUAGAAGUAGGGCUUCGUGGUGCCCUGGCUGGGCCUCUUGGCUCUGCCUCCUGGCUGGGCUGGGGUUGGCCUAAGUGGGACUUUGUUUACAAGCUUGGCUUUGGGCUCCCCACAUUCAUAGGUAAUGAAGAAGCAGCAAGACGGGAAUUUGAAUUGUUCUGAGACUUGCCAAGCAAGAAGGUGGUGGUUUUCCCCCGAGAGCAAGUCUCGCUGGAGUUCUGGGUUAAGGCCUUGACAUGCCGGUGUGUGUUCACGUGCAGGUGGGCAGGGGAGGGUCCUUGUGGUGGCCUGUGUCUUGCCUCCAGUCCAUGACCCCUUCCCAGAGCAGCCUCUGCCGAGGGAUGGCACCACGUCCCUUUGAUGCCAAAACAGCUGGUUGAACUGGGAAGCUCUGCUCCUUCCCUGCCCCUCUUCGUGUCCUCCUUGGCCUAUGACACCAGGGAGCCAUGGUGUGAAGUGUGGUGGCUCCUGCUUCCUGGGCACCCACCUGCCUCCACCAGGGCCCUGCAGACCCACUGCCACCAUGUCCACUGAACUGGCUCUUUGGCAAAAGGCUUCCCCAAGACCACAGGAGGCCCACCUCAGCAAGGACAUAGGGUGUCAGGUGCAGUCCCAUGGGGACAGCCAGCCACCACCCCAGACCACCCCAGUCUGCUCCAGGGACAGGGGCCAAGUGUCCCAGUGGAUGCCUGCUAUCCCGAUGUCAUCAGCUUUGGUGCCCCCUUCGCUGGACAGCAUCCAGUGGUGUCACCUGUGGUGGGCUGGGCAUGUGCAGCCAGUGGACAGUGUCUGGCAACGCAAACAGCAUCUGGAUGGAUCCUCUAACAACAGCAGUGUCCUGGGGGGGCCCAAAGGGAAACCAGGGAGAGCGCAACGGCUUCCUCCCUCUGCACGUGGCGAACCCGCCAGACACUCCAGCCCAGCAGGGAGCAGCGUGAGACUCCCUGGGGGGCCUCUUGCCCCUUCCCCCGUCCUCCCAGAUGCCUCCCUGCUUGGGGUAAUUACUGCAUUGGAAAGGGCUCGGGCAGAGCUGUAAAAUACUAUUUUUUUACUUUUAGUCCAGAUGUUGUUAGACUGCAGAAGGAGAGCCAGGGAGAGUUCUGAGAGCUCCUUCACUUUGGUGUUUGUGAGAUGAAUGAGGGUCUGUCACCCAAACCUACUUCUCAGCCCAAGAUCAUGGUUCUGUCUUCUGUUUGCAAAUCUCAGUAGCUCUGUUUUCUCCAAAGUAGAGUGUGCCCAUUAGGGUCUAGGUCACAUGGGGUCAUCGUUGGCAGGUAGCCUGGGCCUCAUCACUGUUUCAUCCUGGCUGGUGCUCACUGUCCCAGACACUGUGACAUUAGGGAGCUGGCCUGGUGGGGGCGUGAGGUGAGGCCUGGAAACCUUCCGGGGGCUUUUUCCACCUGCCUCGGGUGUCCCGGACACCGCUGCAGGGCAGGCGUGCGCUGUGGCCGCCCUGGGGCCAGUGUCCUGCGGUUGAGGAGGCCCUCACGGCCGAGCAGAGCUUGCAUUUCAUUUCUCCUGCUGUGCCGUGUCCCAGUCUGUCUUGUGAACUCUCGCCGUGAAAAAGGUUAAAAGUCCAGGAUCGCUGUACCACUCCUGUAAUUAGUGGCGGUUGGUUUUUAUAACUUAGCCCCUCAGACAAGUAAGAUAACCUUCAACAGCAAACUAAAUGACUUAAUUGGAAAACACAAAAGCCGGCAUUAUUUCCAAGGAUUUCUAUAAGAAAUAUCUACAGAACGACAUCUGUGAUAAAGGAAGUGUGUAAAUCAAUGUAGACAAUUGUGUAACGUUUUUAGAAUUGCAUUCUUUUCUCUGACGGCACACUUGUGUUCAGUUCUAUUACCCAAAACAAAGACCAAAGAAGGCCUGUCUCUCAUUUGACUCUAUCUUUAAUCUGCCUGUUUUAGAAAUUGCCGUCUGUAGUAACCGCUUGCUGUGAGGACCCAUCUUGAUAGUCCAAGUGAUUGUGACCAGUGAUUCACGUCCUGUGUUUUUCUGCUCUUCUAAGAAAAAACAAAAAGUAUAAGUUAUUGCUCAGCAAUAAUCAUGUUGUUCAUGAGUUAGCAACAUGUCUUAUUUUCUGAUAGCAUUAUUAUGUUUUAUAUUUUUGUUUACUGUAUAUUAUGUGUGGUUUUAUUUGGUAUUUAUUUGUGUUUUGAGGUCUUGCAAUGUUUUUGUGUUUCUGAUGCUAAUAACUAAAGUUUGUAAGACUGUAGAAUGCGAAACUUUGAAAUGCUAAACUGUCUUAUUAGAGGAAAAUAAAUCUGACUACCGAG